AUGGAGCAACCAAGGGAAGUUCGAGACUGUACUAGUGAGAAGGUCACCCCAAUGGAGAUUAACGCAUCCAAGGCAAAAUCAACGAAAACUAGAGUACUCAAAAAAAGAAAGCAGGCAGAACAUGCAUAUGCUCCAGCAAAAUACAGACCAACACCACCAUAUCCUAAGCGGUUGCAGAAGAAAGAGCAGAACGUUCAGUUUAAGAAGUUAUUAGACGUGCUGAAGCAACUACAUGUUAACAUACCUUUUGUGGAAGCUCUAGAACAGAUACCAAACUAUGUGAGGUUCUUAAAGGAGAUACUCAUCAAGAAGAGAAAGCUGAGAGAGUGUGAGACUGUGGUGAUGACCAAGGCCUGUAGCAAUAUCCUCACGAGCAAAAUUCCAGCAAAGAUGAAGGACCCUAGAAGCUUCACAAUACCCAUUUCCAUUGGAGGACAGAAAAUAGGGCUUGCAUUAUGUGAUCUGGGAGCCAGCAUCAAUCUCAUACCCUUAUCCAUCUACAACAAGCUCGGUAUAGGAGAAGCGAGGCCUACGACAGUGACAUUGCAACUUGCAGACCAAUCACUCACACAUCCGGAAGGGAAAAUUGAAGAUGUCUUGGUACAAGUUGAUAAAUUCAUUUUUCCUAUUGACUUUAUUAUUUUGGAUUAUGAUGCCGAUAAGGAGGUCCAUAUCAUCAUUAGGAGGCCGUUUCUUGCAACAGAGAGAGCGCUGGUAAACGUUCACAAAGGAAAGUUGACGAUGCGAGUUCUAGAUCAGGAAGUAAAAUUCUCAGUAUACGGCUCAAUGAUAUUCCCAGCAGAAGAGUGUUUAGUGAUAAAGAUUCUGGAUGAAGCAUUAAUGAAAGAGUUGGAAACAUAA